AGUCAGAUCUGAAUUAGUCCCUAUGUGUUUGGCACUGUACAGGGUUAGAGGCCUUGCAGUGGAGCUUCCAGCUUUGUUAUCAUGCAUUGUAAUAUUUCCUAUGUCCUGGUACUGUGUGCUCUGUUCCAUCCAGGUAAACCACAAUGCAAUGUGGACAUCACAGAGCGUGAAGAUUGUGGAUUUCCUGGAAUAAGUGCUAAGGAAUGCUAUUCCAGAGGCUGCUGCUUUAAUUCAAAUGUUCCUGGGGGUAACUGGUGUUUUUACCCCAAAAGCACAGCAAGUGACAAGAAACAAUGUAAUGUGGAACUGUACAACAGAAGGGAUUGCGGCUACCCCACAAUAAGUGCUAUGGAAUGUAAGGAGAGGAAUUGUUGCUUUGACUCCAGCAUUCCUGGCGUUAACUGGUGUUUCUACUCGAAGUCACAAGCAAGUGACCUGAAACAAUGUAAUGUGGAACCGUACAACAGAAGGGAUUGCGGCUACCCCACAAUAACUGCUGCGGAAUGUAAGAAGAAGAAUUGUUGCUUUGACUCCAGCAUUCCUGGGGUUAACUGGUGUUUCUUCUCCAAGUCACAAGAUAAACAGCAAUGUAGUGUGGACAUCAAAAGGCGUGAAUGUGGAUUUCCCGGGAUAAGUGCUAAGGAAUGCUAUUCCAGAGGCUGCUGCUUUAAUCCAAGUGUUACCGGGGCUAAAUGGUGUUUUCACCCCAAAAGCACAGAUAAACGGCAAUGUAGUGUGGACAUCACAGAGCGUGAAGAUUGUGGCUUUCCCGGGAUAAGUGAUAAGGAAUGUUAUUCCAGAGGCUGCUGCUUUAAUUCAAGUGUUCCCGGGGACAAAUGGUGUUUUUUCCCCAAAAGCACAGAUAAAAAGCAAUGUAGUGUGGACAUCACAGAGCGUGAAGAUUGCGGAUUUCCUGGGAUAAGCGAUAAGGAAUGCUAUUCCAGAGGCUGCUGCUUUAAUUCAAGUGUUCUUGGGGAUAAAUGGUGUUUUUACCCCAAAAGCAAAGAUAAACAGCAAUGUAGUGUGGACAUCACAGAGCGUGAAGAUUGUGGAUUUCCUGGGAUAAGUGAUAAGGAAUGCUAUUCCAGAGGCUGCUGCUUUAAUUCAAGUGUUCCCGGGGACAAAUGGUGUUUUUACCCCAAACGCACAGAUAAACGGCAAUGCAGUGUGGACAUCACAGAGCGUGAAGAUUGCGGAUUUCCUGGGAUAAGUGAUAAGGAAUGCUAUUCCAGAGGCUGCUGCUUUAAUUCAAGUGUUCCUGGGGAUAAAUGGUGUUUUUACCCCAAAAGCACAGAUAAAAAGCAAUGUAGAGUGGACAUCACAGAGCGUGAAGAUUGUGGAUUUCCCGGGAUAAGCGAUAAGGAAUGCUAUUCCAGAGGCUGCUGCUUUAAUUCAAGUGUUCCUGGGGAUAAAUGGUGCUUUUACCCCAAAAGCACAGAUAAACGGCAAUGUAGUGUAGACAUCAAAGAGCGUGAAGAUUGUGGAUUUCCCGGGAUAAGCGAUAAGGAAUGCUAUUCCAGAGGCUGCUGCUUUAAUUCAAGUGUUCCCGGGGAUAAAUGGUGUUUUUACCCCAAAAGCCCAGCAAGUGACAAACAAUGUAAUGUGGAACCGUACAGCAGAAGGGAUUGCGGCUACCCCACAGUAAGUGCUGCGGAAUGUAAGAAGAGGAAUUGUUGCUUCAACUCCAGCAUUCCUGGGAUUAACUGGUGUUUCAUCUCCAAGUCGCAAGAUAAACAGCAAUGUAGUGUGGACAUCACAGAGCGUGAAGAUUGCGGGUUUCCCGGGAUAAGCGCUAAGGAAUGCUAUUCCAGAGGCUGCUGCUUUAAUUCAAAUGUUCCUGGGGGUAAAUGGUGUUUUUACCCCAAAAGCACAGGAAGUGACAACCAAUGUAACGUAGAACCAUACAACAGAAGGAAUUGUGGCUUCCCCACAAUAAGUGCUGCGGAAUGUAAGAAGAGGAAUUGUUGCUUUGACUCCAGUAUUCCUGGGGUUAACUGGUGUUUCUUCUCCAAGUCACAAGAUAAACAGCAAUGUAGUGCAGACAUCAAAGAGCGUGAAGAUUGUGGAUUACCUGGGAUAAAUGCUAAGGAAUGCUAUUCCAGAGGCUGCUGCUUUAAUUCAAGUGUUCCCGGGGAUAAAUGGUGUUUUUACUCCAAAAGCCCAGAUAAACAGCAAUGUAGUGUGGACAUCAAAGAGCGUGAAGAAUGCGGGUUUCCCGGGAUAAGCAAUAAGGAAUGCUAUUCCAUAGGCUGCUGCUUUAAUUCAAGUGUUCCUGGGGUCAAAUGGUGUUUUUACCCAAAAAGCACAGAUAAACAGCAAUGUAGUGUGGGCAUCAAAGAGCGUGAAGAGUGCGGAUUUCCUGGGAUAAGUGAUAAGGAAUGCUAUUCCAGAGGCUGCUGCUUUAAUUCCAGUGUUCUCGGGGAUAAAUGGUGUUUUUACCCCAAAAGCACAGGAUGCUCUGUGAGGCCCAAGCUGAGGAAAGACUGCGGAUAUCCCAACAUCGGCUCCAAGGACUGUCUGGCUAGAGGCUGCUGUUUCGACUCCAGUAUUCCCAAGACUGUCUGGUGCUUCUAUGGAUAUAAAUGAAAUACUAAUGAUACGCAGUAUAACCAGCUCGUAACAAGCAUCUGAGUCUCCGUACAGACACAUCCUGGUUCUGUGUGCUUUUUUUCUGAUCUUUAAAUGUGAUUUUAAUAAACUAGAGAGCUGUUCUUUAUUGCUUAUCAAGGUUUAGAAUAAAAAUUGAUCAUUUCUAGAAGUGUUACAGCAUUAUAAUUAAUAUCCAUGUUUUGUAUUCAUACUGUAUAUGGAUUUCCUUAUCAAUACAUUGAUUCCCAACAUACUACACCCUACAAAUCACAUUUGUAUAAUCAAAUAUAUAAACAAGUCCUUAAUGCA